AUGGAUAAGCUGCCGGUAGAGAUUCUGUCCAAAAUCAUCGACCACCUCGCUCCACGAGAAAAGGUCCAACUCCAAUGCAUAUCAAAAAAGUUCUUCGAUAUCGCCCGUGAUAAUAAUCAAUGGAAAUUGCACUGUUAUGACCAGUCAUGGGCUGCUCGGCAGGCUGCCCGCGCCGCUGCCAGACCCCCGGAGAGUCUAAUUUCCGACACGACUGCUUCGUUGACGACCCUAGGGCAGGAGUCGCUGCGCGAUAUCAUUCAGCCUUCUGCCCCGCCGCCGAACCGAGACUCUGAUGAUACUAGGGAAUUCUCUUGGACUGAGAGGGCGAGGGCAGCAGCGGAAUGGGACUCGUCGGCUGAGGGGGAACAUGUGGACUGGUAUUCGGAAUAUAUUGCUCGCCACGGGCCCAUAUCUUUAUCCUGGGUCGAGCAGCCCUCGUUCCGCAAGGGUGAAGGAAAACGAGGGCAGUCCUAUGAGGUCAAAGGCAUGGGGCUGCUCAAAGACUGGAGUUCAGCCAGGCAGAACAAGAUCAUUGCCCCGCUUGAAGAUGGCAGCGUCUGCAUCUGGGAUCUGAAUCAUUCCCACUCAGCUGACUCCCAAGCAAGUAAAGGCAAGAUCCUUGGGGUCAGUGAACCCGGCAUUCUCCUGACGAACCUGUCUGGUCGUCGAGAUCAUUCUCCCUCCAAGACUUCAUUGGAAUUUAUAAAUCUGGGCGAGGGAGUUAGCGUUGAUUCUCUGCGACAAAGAGCCUACCUGGCAGUUGGGAAUGUCCUUAAUGAAGUCGAUCUGGAGACAUUAAAAGUGAUUUCGCAGCAGCGCUAUCCUUGGUCGAUUUUCGCACUUUCUCAGGAGACAGAUUACUCAGUGCCAUUGACACUAGCCACUACGCUCAGUCUGCAGAUCUAUGACUCCAGGCUGUCGGCCGUCGAGGAGGAAGAGGCAAUCAGCUCGCGAUGCGAGCAGGUAGCUAACCCAAGCUCCUUUGCCCACUCCGAUUCGCCCUUGUUCCAACUCCAAUCCAAUGGACAGCCACCUACCCGUAUACGCAGUCCAGGACCCUCAGACGAAGGAGCCAACUACGCGCCGCUCUUCCAACCUGGCCCUCUUUCCAUCCUGCACCCGCCAGCUCCUCAUGUGAAUACAAUCCUCCUUGCAGGGCGCUUCCCCAGCAUCCUCUGUUAUGACCGCCGCUACUUCCCUCGGCUCCAGACCACAAUCCACUCCGGCGGUCGGCUGUGUGGUCUUGCCUCAGUACCAGCGCCUCGAUUCCCCGUCUUCUCAGACUCCACCUACCCAGAGUCACAUUCCGUCGUGGCAUGCGGAGACUAUAAUGGACGAGGCUCGCUGGAGCUCUAUAAUCUCAAACCAGCACCCAAAGAAGACCACAGCCCCUCGAACAUUACAUCCACUUUCAACCCAGAAUACAAGAACCGUCAAAGCGCCGCGAGUUCCAGACUACUUUCCGUGGGGUCGCAUGGGAAUCGCAUCGUCUUUUCCGACGCCGAAGGGAAUAUCAAGUGGACCGAGCGAAAUGGUCGUUCAGAGGUCCGGCGCUGGAAUAUCAAUACCUCCCAGCCUCAAAUCCCAUUCGGUCGUCGCAGCCAACCGCCAACCCCGCAGACAGAAGAAGACCAGCAGCCGCGUGGGCUCUGGCCUUCCCAAUCGCCGGGCAGUAAUGAGGUAGCUCGCAAGAUUCUUCCCACUGGUGGGAAUCUCACUGGAGAUGAGCUCCUUAUCUGGACUGGAGAGCGUAUUGGUCGUCUCAAGUUUUCCAUUCCUGCGGAUUAUGAGAUGGGGGUUGACAAGAAAGAAGUUGACAAUGAUGACGAUGUGUUCAUGCAUGCGGAGGUCGAUGAAGCUACACGCGAAGAGAUGCGGCAUAGACGGCGUGACGAUUGGGAGAGAGAGCAGCGAUAUGGCGAUUAUAUGCGCCGUGCGCUUGAGAGACAGGCAGAUGAGGUCCGUUGGAUGGGGAAUCGAGGGCUUGGCUGA